ACAAACGUGGUUGCCCAUGUCACCGUGCUCAUUUCACCGUGUAUAUAUAGUUGGUGCUUUCAGUCAGAGUGAACAUCAACUCAUACGAGCAUAACACCAACAAAAAAUGGCAGCUGCAACCACAAUGAUGUCUCAGGACCACUGUGCUACCCUUGCCAGCCGUGAAAUCGCCCCAGAGAGACCGGUAAUGAACACCGAUUCGGGUUCACGAAACGUCAACAUGGAGAUGACUUACACAGGCAACACCGGCAAUGACAUGGGCAUUUCUACCAGCGGCUUUCGCUCGGGCAAGUACAACCCGUCAGAAUGGGAAGAGAGUAACUACGCAAGAUAUUACGCUUCAUUUGUGGACCGUGACAACGCCGAGAAAGUCCGUCACGAAUCUAAGAGAACCACUAAAGAGGCUGAGGCCACAUCUAACCGCACACAGGCGGAUGUCACCAAAAAACUUGGCGAGAGACUGAAAGACAUUGAGUUCUGGAAAUUUGAGCUCGAGCGAGAGAUUCAGGACGUUAUAGCUGAGACAGAUUUGUUGUUAGCUCAGAAAAAAAGGCUGGAAAACGCACUACGAGCAACAGAAAUCCCUCUGCACAUUGCCACAGACAAUCUGCACGCAAGGCAGGGGCGACAGGGAGUGGACCUUGUGCAGGAUGAUGUCGAGCUCUGCUUGUUAAAGGAAGUAGAAAUAAUUAACAACGUGCAGGACUUGUUGAAGAAGUCAAUUAGCCAGGCAGAGAAACAGAUCAGGUUAAGCCGAGAUGCUAAGCAAAAUCUUGAAAUGGACUGGAGUGACAAGAAAGAGGCUCAUGAAAUUGACACAGCAUCUGGUGUUCUGAGAAACCCUCACACAAACAAGCAAUUCUAUGCAGGAGCUGCCAAAUUUGAGGAAAUUCAGUCAACUCCAGAAUCUUGGGCCCAGUAUUCCCAUGACAACAUUGUACGUGCUGAACAUGAGCGUAUGGCCUCCAUCCAGCUGAGAAGCAUGAUUGACAACAUUCUGGAAGACACUUCACGUGACAUGCAGGAGCAGUCCAACAUCAUCGAUGUCGCUCUGCAAAAGAGGAUUUCAGAAAUGGAGGAUGCCAAAACAAAGAUGGAGGAUAACCUGUCUAAGGUAUGUGCAGAAGUUGCACAGAUGGAGAAAAACAUCUCUGAGUUGAACAAGGCCAUACGAGACAAGGAGAGCCCACUGAAGGUGUCCCAGACGCGCCUGGACAACAGGACACACAGGCCUGGGGUGGAGCUAUGCAGGGAUCCUGUCCAGUACAAGCUUGUGGGAGAAGUGAACGAAAUCUUGCAGACUGUGGAUGCGUUGACAGACAAGCUGAACCACGCAGUGAACUCACUCAAGGACCUACAGGACAACCGCAUGGCCUUGGAAAAGGACAUCUCACGCAAGAAGAAGAGCAUAUUCAUUGAUCGCCAACAGUGUGCCACUGUGCGCACACGAUACCCAUCAUCCCUCAAACUCCAGGGUUACCAGUAGGGGAAGCCCAUUUGUUUAGUUCUCAUAGCUGUGGACAUCUUGAUUUAGGGUAUGCACGUCAUUAUUAAAAACUAAAUCUUAAAUCUCAUGAUUUGUUUUAACGUAUGUAUGUGGUUGGCUUCUCUGUGAUAUGGUUUGGGAGAUCUUGCCCUUUUAUCACAAUAUUUAUUAGGAAAAAAAUCUUUGUUAUGUACAUAUCAUUCAUGAAAUGCUUAAUAAAAGAAAAUCACAUGCAUCAAUUUUGA